AUCAUCGUCAUCGGCGACUCCAACGUGGGCAAGACGUGCCUGACCUACCGCUUCUGCGCCGGGCGCUUCCCGCAGCGCACCGAGGCCACCAUCGGAGUGGACUUCCGCGAGCGCGCCGUCACCAUCGACGGCGAGCGCAUCAAGAUCCAGCUGUGGGAUACAGCGGGACAGGAGCGGUUUAGAAAGAGCAUGGUGCAGCACUACUACAGGAAUGUACACGCUGUUGUGUUUGUGUAUGAUAUGACAAACCUUGCCAGUUUUCACAGUCUGCCAUCAUGGAUAGAAGAAUGCAAACAGCACUUGCUUGCCAACGAUAUACCACGGAUUCUUGUCGGAAAUAAAUGUGACCUGAGAAAUGCUAUUCAGGUGCCUACAGACUUGGCCCAGAAGUUUGCUGAUACUCACAGUAUGCCCCUGUUUGAAACCUCUGCUAAAAGCCCCAAUGACAAUGACCAUGUGGAGGCCAUAUUUAUGACACUGGCUCACAAGCUCAAGAGCCACAAGCCAUUGAUGCUUAGUCAACCCCCAGGUAGUGGUGAGAUGCACUUAAAACCUGAACCAAAACCUGCCAUGACCUGCUGGUGUUAGAUCACAGUAUUUAUGUAGUCACCACCUCGUUGUAUUUGCAGAUGCUUUAAAAUUACCUUGGUAAAGUUCCAGGUACUAGUAGCAAUUAGAUCUCUUUGGCACUUUAAUGUGUUUUUUCUUGUAUCUGUGUGCCCUAUUCAUCUCUUUGCACUUUUGUAAUUACUGUCUGAAUUACUGAAUUUUGAUUGUACAUAUACAGGAGAAAAGACUUUCAAGUGAGCCCACUCAAAGUCACUCGCUGCUUGAGAUCAUUUUCAUCAGUUGUGG